AUGACGCAGCGCUCGUCGAGAAUGGCCAUCGCCGGAGCCGCCGCUGGCGGAGUGGCACUGCUCAAUGCCGCCUUGGCUUUUGUGGCAGCGCCGGCCGCGUCACAGCCAGCCCUGAGGGGCACCCCCGCCGCGCAGGCCCAAUCCGCUAAUGCGGGCUCUUCGCUGUCCACCUUGGCCGCCGGUGGUGCCGUUGCCGCAGCAGUGGCUGCCGGUGCUCGGCCAGGACGCCAGACGCGCAGCACCAUCCUCCCGACAACAGUAGUGCCGGCGCAGGAGGGCCGGGUGACACUCAAGGCGUUGGACCAGUCCAGCCGAUACGCAGACCUCUCGCUGGAUGAGGCCACGCUUAUCAAGAACGGCAAGCACGUGCUGGUCGCGUACAUCAUGAAGCCGAAGGCAGGUUACGACUACCUGGCCACUGCCGCCCACUUCGCCGCCGAGUCCUCCACGGGCACCAACGUGAAC